AUGGUGUCAUCGGUCGUUGAGGCGACGCAAGAUGUUGAUCAUGAAGGCAUCACAUAUCGUCCACAGACUGGGGAAACACGCGCAGUUUACGAAAUUAUUCUUUCCUCUGGCUUCGAAAAUUCGAUGCUUUACAUCAUUUUCGUCGCUUCACACCGAUUAGGCGUGCUGGACCAGGUCAAAUCGGUACACAGCCAAUUGCCCGACCUUCCUUGUAGCACCACGACUCAACACAUGCAGCAUGAUGUCCCGAAGACGCUGCUGAAAGAGUCCAUCUCUCAGCACCCGGUCUCUCGUUUUCAUUCACUUUAUCAAAAAAUUGACGACCGCAAUGUUCUUAAGGGACAAGCCCAUCAAGAAGACAGUUACCUACUUCGUCAUAAUUGCGUUCAUCUCUCAUGGCAAAAGGUCGGAAACAAGGCGAGCACUGGAAAUCCAACAUUUCAGGUGGACGAGUACGACCCCUCACAGAGCGGAGAGACGUACGCUGGUGAAGUCGCAUUCAAACGGAAAGAGGCUGAUGCUGAAGGGCGCUCUGAGCCCCACUCACGAAACCGCAAAUCUGGUGCCACCGACCUCGCAGACCUCAUAUUCAAGGCCUUCACGCUGACAUGCUUUUUGUGCAGCGAUCUGUGGGGCGCCUUGGUAGCGUCACUUCGAUCUGGGGAUGAAAAGAUCCACGCUACGACGGACUCGCGACCUUCCUUACCAUGGUGGAAGAUGCGAAACAAGUCGUCAUUUAUAACACAUAACAAUCCUACUAACAAUCUACUUGAAAGCAAUGGAACACAAGGUAGAACCAUCUAUCUUGAUUUCCAUAACCCUGCUGGGCUGUUCAUCCUCAUUGCAUGCGAGACACUCUAUGACCCCUUGUAA